UGUAGACUUGCAGCAAAAAGACAAGGAGGAAGCAAAAUGUCUACACGCAAAGUUGUCGAAUUGUUCUAUGAUGUGGUCUCCCCUUAUUCAUGGCUUGGGUUUGAGAUUUUGUGUCGCUAUAAGAAUAUCUGGAAUGUUGAUGUUCGGCUGCGCCCUGGGUUCCUUGGGGGUAUUAUGCAGGCUUCUGGUAACUCCGCACCUGCAAUGGUCCCAAAUAAAGGUGCUUACAUGGUAAAGGAUCUUAAGCGACUCGCUGAGUUUUAUCAAGUCCCUCUAAAUCAACCAAGUGAUUUUUUCCAUGUUGUAAUUAAGAAAGGCAGUCUUGCAGCCAUGCGUUUCGUCACUGCUGUUAGCAUUUCACAUCCAGAAUUUUUGGAGCCGGUGUCUCGAGAGCUGUGGAUAAGAAUCUGGUCUGAGGAUAAAGAUAUUACAGAACCAGCCAGUAUACUAGAGGCUGCCAAAAAAGCGGGGAUGCCAGAAAAUGAAGCAACUAAGCUUCUUCAAAUAAUUUCACUGCCAGAAGUGAAGAACAAGCUCAAGGAAACCACUGAUGAAGCUUUAAAGUAUGGGGUUUUUGGAUUGCCAAGCAUUGUAGCUCAUAUAGAUGGCAAGCCACAAAUGUACUUUGGAUCAGAUCGCUUUGAGCUUCUAGCGCACCAGUUAGGGGAGAAAUGGCUGGGGCCCGUGCCUUCAAAAUCACGAUUGUAAAGCAGAAUAAAGAGAGUUGUGGAAUAUAAUUAUUUUUGUUUCAGCUCACAUAUUUCGAUGCACUUUGCUGUAAAAUUAGAACUAUACUUUAAUGCUAAAUUCAGUUGAUACCGUUUAAGGUCAUCUAAGGAAGUUGUAAAGCAUCAUUCUUAAUUAUGGUUUCAAAACACCAACACACAAUUUCCUAUUAUCUUUAAUAAAGCACCAUGACAAUUAAAA